CGUUCGUCCCUUUCGCGGCAGAAAGUGUUUACGUCUCCCAUUCCGUUGGAUUGUUGCUAAAGUCUAGCGUUUGCCUUUUAAAUAACUACAAAAAAGCCGAUACCUAUGUCAACUCCCGUGCUGUUAAACGACCAGAUAUUAAACUGACUAGUUUAAUGAACGAAAAAAAACGACAAGCGAGGAAAAAUGUUUACAUCCCAAACGUCGUCAUUCCAGGAUUCCAUCGACGUGGAGGAGAGGGAUGACUUUGACAGCGAGGACAUUUCCGCAUACAACCAGAAGGUUCAAUUGAACUGCUAUUAUGCCAUCUAUUUAUAUCAGGGCACAAGAUCUGAGGCUACUGAGGAAAGUGUGUCUUGGAACCAGAGGCGAGCAGACUCCACAAGCAGUCAGGAGGACUUUAGCCUGACUCUGGUUGACAGCAGCCUGCCAAUGGAGGCGGAACCGGAGCUCCGUACAUACAUCUCCAGGAGGCUGAGCAAAGGAGCCCUGCUUGGGGGCAUGGGCAACAUCGCCACGGUAGAACUCAGCAUUCCAGAGCAGGCAGUGGGCUGCUAUUGUUGCCUCCUAGAACAGGAAAGAUCUCCCGAACAACCUGAUGCAGACGGCAACGGAUACGUCAUCUGCUUCCUGGGAGGCUCCGAAAAAGGACUCAACUUAUAUCGGCUGGAACUUGAUAAAUACGUCCAAGGCCUACACAGCAGCCUGCAAACCCCAGAGCUGCAAAACCUGGAGACAGAGCUGCGUCCCUACUUGAGCCGCUGGUACGAGGAGUCCGUCAUGCACAUUUACCGUGUGGUGCAGCUGGUGCAGAGCAACAUCAGCUUCCUGUUGCAUGCGGCUCUGAGUCACAGCCACGUGGAGGUGACCAACUCAGACGAGAGGACGAAGGCGGAUGUGUCGCGGUUCAUCAAAGCAGCCAGCCUGCAGGGUCUGGCUCAGCAGGAGACCACAGCCGCCUCGCUGUGCAAGGCCAUGUCUGAGGACGCGCACUCUGACCUCAUGAUUGACUGCUCCGAAAGCCCGCCCACACUCACCAACACCAGAAGUAAUCGUUUCUGCGAUGACUGGAGUCAGGCUUUUCUAAACGCGGCAGAACGUGGAAACCCUUUCCUGCUGCGACAGAUCCUGGAGAACUUCAAACUUAAGGCCAUCCAGGACAUGAACAGCCUGAAGCGCUUCGUGCGCCAGGCCGAGAUGAGCCACUACGCUUUGUUCCGUUGCUGCCAGUUCCUUCAGGGCUGCGGCAACGGCGACGUGCUGCUGCAGAACGCUCGGUCCGAGCACAGCGACCUGCCCGAGGCCUGCCGCAUCAUCAGUGUACUGGAGGAGUUCCUGAGGGAGCAGGAGCAGGCCUGAUGCCUUGGCUUUGAUGGCAUCAUCAGGUUAGACACUAGCAUACUUCCACACUACAUAGAUGGACAUUAGCUUUCUUUUAGGGUGCAGUACUUGGCUAACAGCAGUAGGGGCGCUGUUGAGCUACAGCUGGUUUGUCUAAUUUAAGAUCAUGGUCAGCUAUGAUAAUUGAUGCAUAGACUUUAAUAUUAAAUCUAAGAAAUAUUAAUUGAAAAUGAAAUACUUAGGGUGAUUUGAUCUGUUACUGGUUAAAUGUACUGGAUUGGAUCUUGUAGCUUGUACUUUUUUCAUAAAAGUUUGCCCACCCCUGCUGAAAAUGCUAAUUGUAACAUUGUGUGACAUACCUCAAGAGGCGCAACGGCUGUAACGUACUGUAGCACAUUAGCUAGCCUAGCACCACCAUCAUGACAGCUGUGUGGGCUUUGCGUGCGAAGUGAAGUAGCAGAGUUUGUAUGACGCAGCCGUAGCAGCAUUGGACAUUUGCAGAAGCACCACGUUAAGGAGUUUGUAGAAUAGUUAACUGGUGCAAAGAAAGCUGAGCAGCAGCAAGUCAUUCCAAUCUCCUGAAGUAUUGGCAGUCACAACAACUCCAUUUAUCUGUGAACCCUAAAGUACAUUACUGUCCAUGACAAGAGGAGCAGGUACUGUACAGUGUGCCAUUGUACAUUGGCAAGUGGAUAUAUUAUUUGUCUAAGUUAUAAUUAUUUAAAUUAUGGUCAACAUCGCAACUCAUUUUUCUAUGUAUGAAGUACGUCACUGUACACUGGGAUUUAAAGAUAGCAUGCUCCUGUCUUAGAUUUUGAAUAGCCUGACACUACAUACUCUACCAAACACAAAGGAAAUAGUCACCUAAUUGUGAAGUGAUGUGUACUGUGAAAUUGAUAUUUUACUGUUGUGAAUCAAUGUAAAAACUGGAAAUGUACAGUAUGGUGCCUCUAUCCUACAGCCAUAUAAUAAACAUAUACAACAUA